AUGGCCAUUUUUACCGCGCCCCGGUCCCUCCAGUACAAUGCCUUCGCUCAAGACUCGCUGGUCGCCAACGCCUUCACGGCAGGUGCCAGCCCUCAGCCCAAGCACCCCUCCUUCUUUUAUCUGGUGCUGCUCGUCUUCGAGGCCGUGCUGGAGGUGAUCUGUGUCAGUCUGCCCGGCUACAUCGCCGCCCAGCAGGGUCUCUUCGACGCCGAUGCCCAGAAGCUGGUGGCAAACCUCAAUGUGACGCUUUUCACUCCUUGCCUGAUUUUCGUCAAACUAGGAUCUCAAUUGACGGCCGAGAAACUCACCGACUUGGCAAUCAUUCCGGUCAUCUUUGUGGUUCAGACCCUCGUGUCCUACUCGUGUGCCUGGGUGGUGAACCGAUGUUUCCGCUUCAAGAAGCGCAAGUCGAACUUCGUGGCGGCCAUGGCGGUCUUUGGCAACUCCAAUUCGCUCCCAAUUUCCCUAGUCAUGUCUUUAUCGCAAACCCUGCGAGGUCUUCACUGGGACCGCAUCCCGAACGAUAACGACGACGAAGUGGCCGCACGGGGCAUUCUAUACUUACUGAUUUUCCAGCAGCUGGGUCAGCUGGUGCGCUGGAGCUGGGGAUACCACAUUUUGUUGGCGCCGAAAGACCGAUACCUCGAAGAAGGCGAUAACAGCUCGAGUGGGUCGUCGUUGAUCGAGCAGGGACAAGCUCGGUAUACCGACAACCCAGAACAGACGGACCCGGACGAGCCACUCGUUCGCACGCGCAGCUCAGAUAGUCUGUUGCGAGCGCCUGACGGUCAGCUUAACGGGCACAGCGAAUUCCAAUCGGGCGAUCAGACUCCAGUCUCGAACCGCACCUACUCGUACUCGAAGGUCUCUUCGAUUCAUUCAAGAGAUGAAGCAGUACAUGAUGAGCACUCUGAUCUAUCACCAACAACCAUCGGACCACCUCCCCGAGGACCAUUCCUGCCUCGCCAGACGCUGGAAGAGAUCCUUCCGCCGUCGCUCGACCACUCUCCAGAAAUCCUGGACCAAAAAAACGGGCGCAGUCUACGCGCGACUCCCACAAAAGACCCAGAAAUGCUUGUCAGUCCUUUCACACGGGCUCGGCCGUUUCCUGCACGGCGUAUGGGACUUCAUGAACCCCCUCUAUGGGCCAUGCUGGUAGCGAUCAUCGUCGCCUCCGUCCCCUCCCUCCAAGCCCUCUUCUUCGACGACGGCACCUUCAUCAGUAACUCAGUGACCACCGCCAUCAAGCAAAACUCCCAAGUCGCCGUCCCACUCAUCCUCGUCGUUCUUGGCGCCAACCUAGCCAAGAACACCUUGUCCGAAGAAGCGCUCGCCGACAUGGAACACCCCAGCGAUGAACGCAAGCUCAUCAUCGCCUCGUUGGUUGCGCGCAUGCUCCUUCCAACCCUGAUCAUGGCGCCGUUCCUCGCGCUUCUGGCCAAGUUCGUGCCGAUCAGUAUCCUCGAUGACCCUAUCUUUAUCGUUGUUUGCUUCCUCCUCACCGGUGCCCCGUCUGCACUGCAAUUGGCGCAAAUUUGCCAGAUUAACAAUGUUUACGUCGGGGCGAUGUCGAAACUUCUCUUCCAGAGCUACGUUGUCUGGAUUCUGCCCUCGACUCUCAUCCUGGUCGUAUGUGCCUUGGAAGUCCUCGAAUGGGCCGCCGCCUAA